UAUGUUCCUGGAAACAUGGCGGCCAGCUUCCGCGGCCGUCCUAUCCGGAGUCUUCGGAUGCGAGGUCGGAAUGACAGCGGGGAAGAAAACGUACCGCUGGAUCUGAGCAGAGAGCCAUCCGAAAAUUUCCGUGAAAUCCUACAAAAUGUGGCCAAACCACACGGAGUCAGUAACAUGCGAAAACUUGGCCACCUGAACAACUUUAUAAAGCUUCUAUGCAGCAUAAGCCACCGUGAGGAAAAUUUUGGGUACACAUACGAAGAAAUCAUCAUUUGUUUGCGACUAGCUCUAUUAAAUGAAGCUAAGGAAGUGCGUGCUGCAGGGUUGCGGUCGCUCCGCUACCUCAUCAGAGACACCAGUGUGCUGCAGAAGGUCCUCAGACUACAGGUGGACUAUUUGAUAGCCAGAUGCAUCGAUAUCCAGCAGAGCAAUGAGGGGGAGAGGACUCAGGCUCUCAGACUGGUUCGAAAGAUCAUCACUGUCAAUGCCAUGCUGUUCCCAACCUCUAUUGCAAACUCUCUCAUUGCUGUGGGCACUGAUGGGCUUCAGGAGAGAGACCGCAUGGUCCGUGCUGCCAUCGCCAUUAUCUGUGAGCUAGCUCUGAAGAACCCUGAGGUGGUUGCCAAACGUGGCGGUCUCAGCACCAUCCUGAAGAGUGUCAUUGACUGUCAGCUGAGUCGCAUCAACGAGGCUCUGAUCACCACCGUCCUUCAUCUACUCAACCACCCACGUACACGCCAGUAUGUGCGUGUUGAUGUCGAACUGGAGCAAAUCCUGGCACCUUUCACGGACUUUCACUACCGUCACAAUGCAGAUACGGCUGAAGGGCAACUCAAGGAGGACAGAGAAUCUCGUUUCUUGUCUAGUAGGAUGGCCAUAGUGGCUGCCUUUCGCUCCUGGUCUGGGAUCAUCACCCUAUGCAAGGCUGGAAAUUCUGGGAUCCAGUCUUUAAUUGGCUUGUUGUGCAUACCUAAUAUGGAGGUUAGGAAAGGCUUGUUGGAGGUGUUAUAUGAGGUAUUCAGGCUCCCUCUGCCCAUCGUUACUCAAGACUUCACAGAAGCUUUUCUUAGUGUUGACCCAGCCAGGUUUCAGGACACCUGGAGACUUUCCGAUGGGUUUGUUGCUGCUGAGGCCAAAGUUAUCCUUCCACAUCGGGCCCGCUCCAGGCCUGAUCUGAUGGAUAACUACCUGGCGUUUGUUCUCUCUGCCUUCAUCAGCAGCGGCCUGUUAGAGGGUCUUGUUGAGGUUGUGACGAGUAGCGAUGAUCAGCUUGCUGUCAGAGCCACCAUCCUUUUGGGAGAACUUCUACACAUGGCAAACACCAUCCUCCCUCAUUCCCACAGUCACCACCUGCACUGCCUCCCCACCCUCAUCAACAUGGCGGCCUCCUUCGAUAUCCCACAGCAGAAAAGACUUCGGGCAAGUGCGGCCGUCAACAAUCUAAAGCGUUUCCAUGAGAAGAAGAAGAAAGGUUUGAAACCUCACAGUCUUUAUCUGGAUCACAUCAUCCGCAAGUCUGUGUCCUCACACAGCCGCAGAGAGUCACACUCUCGAGCCCACAGAGACAUCUACGUCAUUAAGGACACAGAGGAAGCUCUGAUGAUGAACUUGAGAGAUAGUCACAUCCUCAACCACAAGCAGAACCUGGAGUGGAACUGGUUGCUUAUAGCCACCAUCCUAAAGUGGCCAAAUGUAAACCUCAGGAACAACAAAGAUGAACAAAUGCACAAGUUUGUACGAAGGCUGCUGUAUUUUUAUAAGCCCAGUAGUAAGUUAUACGCAGGGCUGGUAUUGGAUCAUCCAAAGUCCAGACAACUCACUGUGGUCGGCUGUCAGUUUGUGGAGUUCCUCAUGGACUCAGAUGAGGAUGGUCAGGGUUACCUGGAGGACCUGGUGAAGGACAUGGUAUCAUGGCUGUCCUCGUCCUCAGGGCUGAAGCCUGAGCGCUGUCUGCAGAGUAACGGCCUGCUCACCACACUCAGCCAACACUACUUCCUCUUCCUUGGGACGCUAUCAGCGCACCCUCAGGGGGUCAAACUGCUGGAGAAAUGUGGCCUGUUUCAGUGCCUGUUGAAUCUGUGCUCUGUGAAGAACCAGGAUGCUGUGCUGAAACUUGCUGUUUCCACACUGGACUACAGCAGAGACGGUCUGGCCAGAGUGAUCCUCUCUAAGAUCCUCACUGCUGCUACUGAUAUAUGCAGGUUAUAUGCCACCAAACACCUCCGUGUGCUGCUGCGUGCGGGUGUGGAGUUCUUCAGCAGCUGGGGGAUGGAGCUGCUGGUCACACAGCUCCAUGACCACAGCAAGGCUGUGUCCAUGGAGGCUCUGGACAUACUGGACGAGGCCUGCGAGGACAAGGCAAACCUCCACGCUCUGAUCCAGCUGAAACCAGCUCUGUCCCACCUGGGAGACAAGGGCCUCCUGCUGCUCCUCCGGUUCCUGUCCAUUCCUAAAGGUUUCUCCUACCUCAACGAGAGGGGUUACGUCAGCAAACAGCUAGACAAAUGGCAAAAGGAAUAUAACCUAAAGUAUGUGGACCUGAUAGAGGAGCAGCUCAACGAAGCACUAACAACAUACCGCAAACCUGUUGAUGGAGACAACUACGUCCGACGCAGCAACCAAAGGUUACAAAGACCAAAUGUCUAUCUCCCUGUGCACUUGUAUGGUCAGCUUGUUCAUGAUAAGACAGGGUGCCACCUACUGGAGGCUCAGAGCGUGGUUCCUGACCUCAGCUACACGGUUCGCUCCCCGAUGCUGGACACCUGGGAGGGCAUCAAACAGCUUAAGGCUGCUCUCUGGGCUCUGGGUAAUAUUGGCUCUUCAAACUGGGGUCUGAAUCUCCUGCAGGAGGAGAAUGUCAUCCCUGACAUCCUGGCAUUGGCUCAGCACUGUGAGGUGCUCUCAGUACGAGGGACGUGUGUUUAUGUGCUGGGAGUGAUCUCAAAGACCAGGCAGGGCUGUGAGGUGCUGAAGCAGUAUGGUUGGGAUGCGGUGAGGCACAGUCGCAGGACGCUGUGGCCUGUCACUCCAGAAGAGGUCGACGCACAACUUACCUCUGAACUCUCCUCAGUGCCGAGCACACUCAGUCUGAACUCUGAAUCCACGAGCUCGCGCCACAACAGUGAGAGCGAGUCUCAGCCAAAUAUGUACAUCCUGGACGAUGACAAGUGUGACAUACUGGACUCGUCGGACGAACCCUCUUUCUAUCUACACUCCAAACCAGUCAAGGACCGCAGCCCGUUCACCAUUCUGGCCUCCACACGCUUUGUUCGCACUCGUUUCCUCAACUCCCUGUCCCUCCCCAGCAAGAAGCUACGGUCCACCAGUGACCCCAAGACUCCAACCGGUGCUCGAACCCCAACAGAACUCAAGACAGGGAGUAUGAGGCGAAACAGGACAGUAACAGAGCCGUCUGUGUACAGUCCCAACCAGGACGUCUUCACCCCUGUGUUUAAUGGCAGAGUAGUGCCCAAGAGUCCCACGGUCAGCCUGGAAACGUCCUUUGUGGGGACCAGGGGGGGCUCAGAGGAGCAGCUGAUGGACGGAAGGCUGGCCAGGGGAGGAGGCUCAGGCCUAGGACUCAGCAGCCUUGGAGGGCAUGGGACCAUGGAGCAUCCAAGCCGGGAGAGGGAGCAGAGCAGCAGAGAGCGUCUCGCAGGAGACGGUGGCUCCUCGUCUGGUAAUGUGGCAGGGGGAGGAGGGGGAGGUACUCAGUUUAAAAGCCGCAGUCAGAGCUUUAACACGGACACCACAACUAGCGGUAUCAGCUCCAUGAGCUCCAGCCCCUCCAGGGAGACCGUAGGAAACCCUGAGCAUCCCGAACCUGAACCGGACUCAUCUGACUGCGUGAGCCUCAACACGGUGGUGUCCGCCAAGACUGUCAAAACCCUCUCCUCCCUCACACCGCAGUCUCAGACCAACCACAUGUCCACAUCAAAGUCUUCAACCGUCUCUUUGGUACCGCCUGGCUCCUCGCACACUCUCCCCCGUCGAGCCCAGUCUCUCAAAUCUCCUUCAGUCACUACCAUCAAGAGCCUGGCUGACUGCAGCUUCAUGUACACUAGCCCGCGGGACGCGCUGGGCUACGCUACGUUGAAGAGGCUGCAGCAGCAGAGGAUACACCCGUCUUUAUCUCACAGUGAAGCACUGGCAUCACCUGCCAAAGACGUGCUGUUCACCGACACCAUCACCAUGAAGACUGGCAGCCUAGACUCUAGAUUAACACCUCGCAGGUUUCUGAAGGCUCUUAGCUUUGCCUCUCUGGACAAGGAGGAACUUCUCAGCCCAAUAAACCAAAGCACUCUUCAUCGCUGCUCCUCAGUGCGCUCUAUGGUCUCUAGUGCCACCUAUGGGUGUAAUGAUGACUAUAUUGGCCUUGCACUGCCUAUGGACAUUAACGACAUGUUUCACAUUAGAGACUCAGCAUAUUUUCAGCAAAGGAUCAGCCCGCCUUCAGAGGAGCGUAAACGCUUCCUCUUUGGUGAUGGAGAUGGUGAUCGCCCUGCUAUCCCCGUCCUGAAGCAGCAGUUCAGCAUCUCUGAGCUCAUCGUGUGUCGAGGUGACGGUCAGAACCACACGAUUGGGUCAGAAGAAACUGGUCUGCAGGACCACACUGAGGAGAGCUGCCUCUACUGUGUCGGAGCCAUCGUCCUCGGAUACCCGACGCAGCCGCAGAUUAACAGCACACACCCUCGCACAGACUAUGUUGAUUUUCCAUCAUGGGGUGGGCAGAGCGGCCAUCGUCUGGAAGUGAUGCCUCAGUCAAAGUUCUCUGGUGUGUCGGGCUGCAGCGAUGCUGCUGUGUCUCAAGGCUCAAUCAGUAGCACGCCCACACCUGGUGACAUCGUCAUCGGUGGUAAGGCGAUAUCAGAGGACGGCCCUGCCUCUCGAGUUUUGCUGAGGAAGGAGGUCCUCCGACUCAUCAUCAACCUUAGCUCCUCUGUUGGAACCAAAGGCCAUGAAACAGGACUACUGACGAUAAAGGAGAAGUUUCCCUACGCGUUUGACGACAUCUGCCUGUACUCCGAGGUUUCUCACCUCUUAGCUCACUGUAUGUUCCGUCUGACCUCCAGGCGAUUCAUACAGGAACUUUUCCAAGAUGUGCAAUUCAUGCCAUUGUUCGAGGAAGCCGAAGCGAUCCUGACAAAGCUACCAAAACCUGUUGAGGAGGACAUCAGCCCUGCUGCAGAAUCCUGAUCAACCUCUCCCCUCUUUGUAAUUUUUUUCUCUGCACAGCCCCAGUCCUGCCACCCUACAAACAUGGACAUAAAGGCUAAGGAAAAAAAAGACAUGGCUGUAUGGAUGGGGAGGCGUUUGGCAUGUCUUUGUUGCUCAAAACAGAGUAUAAGCCAAGGGAGAGGAAGAGGGGGAGGUGGUCUUCGCUUGCUUUUUUUCCAGCAAACACGAGUUGGAAACAAAGGACUUCGAUAUCUGUAAAACAUAACCUGACAUGCCUAAUGCUGUUCAGACUUUUUUUUUAACAGUUUACAGUAAAAAGGGGGAGCCGCUUAACCAAAAACUGUUUUCAGAUGGGUUCAAUCUCGAGCAACACUCAAUAAAACAUCAACAUAAUGCUAAAGGACAAGCUGGAUCAUUAAGACAAAGACUCAACUUUAUGUUUAAAAACAAAAAGAAAUAAUUCUCUCGACAUUUUAUCCCUUUUCAGAGGUGGUGUUUUUCUGUCAUGAAAAUGAAUAAGGCAUGUUGUUGUGUCUACCCAGUGAUUCCUCAGACCCUUUUUCUUCUUCUCAAACAAAAAACACUACAAUAGGGUCCUGUUGUUUUCACAUUUUUUAACCUACCUGGUUCACUUCCUGCCCCCAAUUUGUGCUUCUGCUUCUCUUGCCUCGCCACUUCCUACAACCUGUAGCCUCUCGACAGCACAGACAGCCAAUUCCUUUUCUAUUUCUUGUAUCUCAGACAAUCAGACAUCACUGGUAUUGAAUUUUCUACAGCACUAUAUAUGCCACCCUUACAUAGUAAAUGAGGAGAAAAGCAUGUGACUUGAUGCUAGUUAACGCCAUCCUUUUCUCGCUUAGGACCUUUUAUGUCUUCUUCAGCCAUUGCAUUCUUAGCAAAGCUUCUCAGGAGGGCAGAUGCUGUUUGAAAAGAUGUUUGAGUUAUCUGUAGAAUUAUUUAUUACAGAUUUAAUAACAAAAACCUGAUGUCUCUAAUAAUCCUGUGUAAGCCGAGCAGCUGCCAGACUGCCUUCUUACCUCUGUGCUUCACUUCCUGCAUGUGCAACAAGCAUGGCAAAGUGUUUAUUGCUUGUAAAAUGUUUUUUAAAGAAAAAAUAGGUUGCCAUAACAUGCUGCCAUUACAUUUUAGGAAUAUAUUAACCCCUGAAACUGUUUCCACAAUGCAAUAUCACUGUCUGUCAUUGGCUGAGAUGGAGGGAGACGAAGGAGUGCGAUGACUUAAGGAUUUGUAAAAGGUUUCAAGGGAAACGGGGGGGAUCUCUGUUUCCAUUGGCUUGUUUUUUGCUAUAAUGCUGCUACACAAAUGGACUCAUAGAGAGAUGAUUCAUAGAUCAGCUGAGUGAUGUCAGAUCCGAUCUAUUUAUUAUAUGUCUGUACCAUAGAGUGAGCUCAACCAGAGAAGAAAAAGUUAUUUAUAUUUUUUCCUCAAGACUGUAUUAUAAUUUAAAAAGAUUUUUUUUCUUUUUUGCCUGAAUCGUGGUUCCCCUUGUAUAAUGUGUACAGUAUGUUUUUGGGGGCAUUGAUGACCUAAAGAAACAUACAAUCCUAUCAAAGGGAUGCAUUGUUAAUAAAACAAAAAAUUGAAAUA